UGAAAUAUCCGAAAAAAUUUAUGAACUGGUGGUUAAACAGCUUCAUAUACAUCAUGGCAAUCCCAACUGCACUUCUGCUGAUGAACACUUUGUAUAGAACAUACAAGGAGCUCCGAGAAUCAUAUUUUGACCUUUUCCGGCUUAGCCAAUACUUGUUUCUCCUAGUUUAUUUAACUGCAUGGAUGAUCUUCUACUUUACAAUAACUUUUGAUGUUGAUAUAAAAGUCUAUGAGAUUGCUGUAUGGAUUGCAAGUGGGACUAAUAUUGCGUAUAUAUAGUGGUCAAUUUGUUGCUCUGGGUUUUGGUAAUAGUUCAUUUGUCUAACUUGGUUAAGCUAGAUAAAGGCCAAAAGUUUAUUAAAAAUCGGAAAAAGGUCAUCAGAAUAGAAAUAUUCAGUAUUUUAAUUGCCUUAAUGAUCUUCUUCAUGGUGCUAACAGUAAAUGGAAUAUCAGCCUUCUAUGCAAUUAGGAAGGAAAAUGGUACCCAAGAUUUGGAGGAAGAAGAUGAUAAGAAUGAACAUUUUAUUAUUAUUGAUAUUAUAUCUUGAGUAUUAUCAAUCACUCUUUAUUUGAUCUUUAUGAGCUCUGAACUAUACUUAAUCAUCAAGCUGAUGAAGCUUGUUAAAAAGUAUUGCCAUUAUGACAAGCAAUAUAGCAAAUUUUUUCCAUGGCUUGCAGGAAGUAACAUUAUUUAUUACUGGUUCCAAUUAGCAACAUUCAUAACGAUGUUAGCUACUCAAACAACAUAUUGUGAUCUCUCAAGAGUUGAUAAAGAUUCAACGGGCAUGUCAAGAGGAGUCAAAGUGAUGCUGUUUGUCUUCAACAACAACCUCCCACUAGCUUAUGCUUAUUUGAACAUAAAAAAUGUGAGCUUCAAGACCUAUGUAGCCAACAUCUUGCCUGGCAUUGGCAAGCCUUAUCUUUGUCCAUCAAAGAUAUCGCUAUUCAUUGUGCCGUCUUGAAGAGAUGACCCUGAUAGCGAUGAGGAAAGAAAAGAAGAAAGCGGAAUGAGUGGGAUCAAUCAUUCAAAUACUCAGAGCUACAUACUUUCCGAAGACCUCCCUCUCUUAGACCACGAAGGAAUCUCCAGUGUCGAAAACAUCGUCUCAAAUCACGUUCUCAAUCACCGAAGUGGGCAUAACAAUUCCUAUUUUCAACUAGACUAA